AAAGAACGGGAGGUUCCUUCUUUCCUUACUGAUUUUUUUACUGGCAUCUUGGAAAACCUUUACCGGACAUUGCAUCGUUUUAUUCGUUUUACCGUCAAAUCAUCCCUGAUUCAUGGCAACCCUGGCGCCCAAAUCUAUUUUUCGCUUUUAUUUUCUUCCACUUUCUCUAUCAGCGGAAUCGAGUCUGGACAUGUAAGGGAAACUCAGUUAUUUCCCCGUUCACGUAGCCGAUGAUCUUGAAAAAACUAAGUCAACCAUGGAAGCAGGGAAUGGCCUUGUUCCCGCGCAAAAUCAGCCGGGCAUUGAGUUACGCCGAAAAGACGAAGAAAGAGGGGAAGAAAGAGGGGAGCUUCUGCAGCAAGAAGCCCCUCGCGCCGCCGAGGAGACAAGCAGCCUAAAAUCACCUUCUUCAAUUAUUUUUUGGAAAUGCAAACUCUGGAUGAUUAUAACAUCUGUUUUUCUAUUGUUGAUCUUUGUGAUCAUUUUAAGUUUAAUUUUGUAUUCAGUGGUUUACAUAGAUGAAGAUGAAUAUUGGGAUUCUGAAUUAAUUGCAGGUGGUGAACAACACAAUUUCUUUGGAAGAGCAAACAUUAAAUGUUCAAAUUCUAAUGUGCUACUCUCAGAAUCUGCAUAUGAUGUGUUUUCUAAAAAUCUUAAUAAGAGGCUUAAGGAUGUAUACAGUUAUUCACCUGCAUUGGGGAGAUAUUUUAUCUCAUCUGAAGUUAUUUCCUUCAGUGGAGAAAACAAUACAGCAUCAUACUACUUGCGAUUCUUGGUGCCACCUGAGAGUGCUGACUUCAUGAAGUAUAGAAUGAAUGAGGAGUUUGUAAUGAAUAUUUUAAGACAAAAUAUAUAUGACAAGCAAAGCAUCCCUGACUUGGAUAUACCUGAAUGUGCAGAUAUAAUACUUGAUCCAUCUUCUGUUACAAUAAAAUUAAUAUAAACCAUCAAUACAGGUGGAAGAAUUGAAUACAGAUUUCAAGAGUGACUUUGGAGGACUCCUCUAAUCUUCUUAUGAAUUUUUAUAUUGCAAAAGCAGAAAAAUAUGGCUGUAUCAAGCAAUUGCACACUUACAAAUUCAAAUUUAGCACAACAGUAUAGACUCCUUGAACAACAAUCAGAGCAUAAUAUAGUACAAGAAACUGAAGCAACAAUUUUAUAAGAAGACAAAUGUUCCAGAUCGCAGAUAAGUAAAAUCCUAUUCAGUAUAGAGACUUCUUUUUGGUGAAAUAACAAGAAGGACCUUUUCUUCAUUUUUUGAACUCAAGUCAGCUAAAUCAAAUAAAAUCAAGUUAUAAAACAACACCCACAAUUGUAUAGAAAUGUUGCUUUUAUUAUUGCUUAUUAUUUUUGUUACAAUGUGCGUUGCUUUGAGAGUGUUGGCUUUAAUAAUUCAUAACAAAAUUGAUUGCUAAUCACACUAAUUCUAAUGUGUAAAAUACAGUAGGGAUGGACAAGUCUGUCAGUUUUACUUUCAUUUGUAUAUAUU